AUGGCGAGAACCCUGGAGCCUCUCGCUGUUGUCAGGGUGAUAGGAGAAGUCGUCGACUCCUUCCGCCCCAGCAUGAAGAUGGUGGUCUCCUACAAUGGCAACAAGCUGGUCUGCAACUGCCACGAGUUCUUACCCUCCACGGUCGCCGCCCGGCCCAGGGUCGAGGUCCAGGGGGGCGACAUGAGGUCCUUCUUCACCCUGGUAUACCCACUCUCCCCAUCAUCUUCAAUUACAAUCGCUCGUCUAGACGAAAUCUGGCAUCCUCAUGUGCAGUGGCUCCUCUCCGGCUCUCUCGCAGGUAAUGACAGACCCAGACGUUCCGGGUCCCAGCGAUCCUUACCUCAGGGAACAUCUGCACUGGUAAACCCUACUCCCGCCCUCCUCCUCCCAUCAAGUGAGAAAACUUAUAAAAGAAAGCAAGCUCACAGCGAGCGUCUGUGUUCAUGAAAGUUGAUGACUUCUCGCAGGAUUGUGGCAGACAUCCCCGGGACAACCGACGCCUCCUUCGGUGGGUCAUCUCUACCUGAAAUCCGCCUGUGUUUCUGUGGUUUCCCUGGCAGAUGCAGAAGCCUCAUAAGCACAGUGAUGUCGAGGGACAGGGAGGGAGCUGGUGGGCUACGAGAGCCCUAGGCCACUCAUCGGCAUCCACAGGUUCGUCUUCGUACUCUUCAGGCAGGAGAAGCGGCUGUCAGUGGCGCCGCCAUCCACCAGGGACCAUUUCAUCACGCGGCGGUUCGCGGAGGAGAACGACCUCGGCCUGCCGGUGGCCGCCGUCUUCUUCAACGCCCAGCGAGAGACGGCCGCACGGAAGCGCUAG